CUAGCCGCCUGAACGGGUCAGGUACCUGAUGCAUAUACAUGGUACUAAAGCCCUAUCGUCUAUUAUCGUUUUCUACGUAUCACUAAUCGCUACCUCUCAAUUGUUCUCGACAUUUUUACAUGAGCGAAGUUUUGUAACGCGACGCGAUUCUUUUUCUUCUCCUGAUAGAAUCCACACUGACUGAGUGUGUGGUCUAUUUCCAAUUGAUCUUUCAACACCACGCACAAGGGGAGCGGGCAAGCAUCAAUUAACCCACCACCACCAUGUACAUCUCACUCGUAUGGGCAAUAACCGGCCUCUGCAUCUUCACAACCUACAAGUUCCUCCUAUGGUGCGUGAACGAGCGCCGCAUCCGCGCCAACAUGCGGCAGCUCGGCAGCCAGCGACCCAUGAUGCUGCGUGAAGGCGACUUCUUCAGCCUGGGGAACCUCCGCAACCUCAUGAGGGCCGACAAGGGGUACUAUCUGCCUUACUACCUGUACGACCGCACGGUCGGGCGCAUGGAUGCGUGGGCACACAAGCCGGCGACGUUCUAUCAGUUUCUGUUCGGCGCGAAGCUGAUCUUCACGGUUGAUCCGAAGAACGUGCAGACGAUCCUCGCGACCAAGUUCAAGGACUUUGAGCUUGGGGAGGUGCGGAGGAAGUCGUUUUUCCCUUUGCUUGAAAGGGGCAUUUUUGCCAAUGACGGUAAGGAAUGGGAGCACUCACGCGCCCUGCUACGUCCCCAAUUCGUCCGAGAUCAGGUCAGCGAUCUCGAGCUGGAGGAGCGACAUGUGCAGAAUAUGCUCCAGGCGCUGCCCGUCAACCCGGACGGCUGGACCGACGUCACGGACAUGAAGACGCUGUUCUUCCGGCUCACGCUCGACACGGCGACCGAAUUCCUCUUCGGCGAGACGGUGGGAUCGCAACUGGCGAACCUCCCCGGGCCACUGGCGAAAUUCAGCCCAGUGGCCUUCAACGAGGGCGACUUCGCUACCUCGUUCGAUCGCGCGCAGCGCUACAUGUCGAAAGCCAUGAGACUCGACACGCUAUGGUGGAUGGCAUACGACGACGAGUUCCGCAAAGAAUGCCGCACAUGCCACGGCUUCCUCGACCACUACAUCAACCGCGCGCUCGCCCAGAAGAAAAACCCUCCCACCAUCAAAGAACCCCAAACAACAACAGAAGGAACCGGGCCCAGCAAACCCAAAUACGUCUUCCUCUCCGCCCUCGCGGAAACCACCGACAACCCCGCCGAACUCCGCCAGGAGCUCCUCAACAUCCUGCUCGCCGGGCGCGACACGACAGCCAGCCUCCUCUCCUUCCUCUUCAUCGAGCUCGCGAAGCAGCCCUCCGUCUUCCGCCGGCUCCGCGCCCUCGUCCUCGACGACUUCGGCUCCUACGACCACCCGCGCGACGUCUCGUUUGCCCGGCUGAAAAGCUGCUCGUACCUCCAGUGGUGUCUGAACGAGACGCUAAGGCUGCAUCCGAUCGUCCCCGUCAACAGCCGCCGCGCAGUGCGCGACACGUCGCUGCCGACUGGCGGAGGGCCGGACGGCACGGCGCCGGUGUACGUGCGGAAGGGCAUGGCGGUCGAGUACAGUGUGUACAUCAUGCACCGGUUGCGGGACUACUGGGGCGAGGAUGCGGACGUGUUCAGGCCGGAGAGGUGGGACGGGAAGAGGCAGGGUUUCGAGUACUUGCCGUUCAAUGGCGGGCCGAGGAUCUGUAUUGGACAGCAGUUUGCGCUGACGGAGGCUGGGUAUGUGGUUGUGAGGUUGUUGCAGAGGUUCGAGGAGGUGGUGGGCGUGGGGAAUACGUGGCAGAGUAAGGAGACGGGCGGGUUGGGCUGGUUGAGGUAUGGGUUGACGUUGACGAUGAGUCCGGCGGAUGGGGUGAAGCUUAGGUUUAAGGAGGCAAAGCAGUAGAUUGGAGGGAGGGGUGUAAGUGGUAAUGAUUAUAGUAAAGUUAAUAGUAACGAACGACUGGUAAUGUAUAAUAAUGAAUUCAAAGAUCAAAUUGUCUACUGGAACAUCAGUGAC